GUGGGGUAUCACAUAUUCUACGGAUUCAGUUACAUUGGUAAUUACGUUAAAUCUGUGGAAAUUAUUCCAUAAAUUUAUCAGUUAGUUCCAAUUUUUUGACCAAAAAUCGAUUUAAUUUUUAAAUAAUUUUUCAAAAUAAAAAUAUGGCGAAAUCGUUGUUGGUCUAUAAUGUGUUAUUUUGUGUCUUAAUUAACUUUGCUAUUGCUGCUCCUCCUUCAACAAAAAAACUUGUAUUUAAUUUGUGCAAAAAAAGUGAUCCAAACUUCGAUCAAUGCUUCAAAAAUUCUUUGCAAUCUGUCAUUCCGGAUUUGGAUAAAGGUUAUUCAAAACUUAGGAUUCCACCACUUGAACCGUUUCAAUUUCCUUCAUUAGAAAUUGCCGAAGGAAAAGGAUCUAAUAAGGCUGUCAGCAUCGAUUUAAAAAUGAAAGAUGUUAAAAUUCAUGGAAUUUCUAGUAUUUUUAUUGACUCAUUAAAAGUUGACUUAGAUAAUUACAAAUUAACCGCAAAAGUUAGUUUUAAAAAACCUAUUGAAAUAAUUAGUCAGUAUACCAUCAAUGGUAAAAUACUCGUUUUGCCAAUCGUUGGUACUGGCCCUUGCAAAAUUGUCCUUAAAGAACCUAGAUUAGAAUUGAAUGAUUUAACUGCCACUCCCUAUGAAAAACAUGGUAAAACUUUUAUUAAGUUUCCAAAAAUCAAUUUAAAAAUAGUAGAUAUUAAAUAUUUAACUAUAAACUUUGAAAAUCUUUUUAAUGGCGACAAGCAAUUAGGCAACAAUAUGAACAAAGUUUUGAAUGAAAAUUGGCCUGUACUGUUAGAGGAACUUAAAUCAGCUUUCGAAGAAGCCAUUGGAGCUAUUAUUCAAGAUGUCCUCAAUAAAACGUUGCAAACAGUUCCUUACGCUGAUAUAGCUAUUCAAUAAUAUAUUUUUCAUACUUGUUUUAAAUGGUAAGCUUCUAAAGCAAACUUUGUUAUAGUUAAAUUAUUCUCGUUUUACCAGAAAUAUAUUUUAAAAUAACUUGUAAAGUGUGUCAGAAAUGUGAUCGACGGAAACAAGAUAUUCUAUGCUAUAGCUUAAUAAUUGCUAGAGUAUUGUUUAUUGUUUUAGUGUAUUUAUUUUUGUAUUAAUAUUGAAAAUAUUGGUGACUCGUAGUUGAUUGUUUAUUUAAUGUUAAGUAACUUAGCUACAAUGUUCAAAAUAUUUACAAAAGAAUAAAUUCAAAUAUUGAUUAAA